AUGACAGCCGAGGACAUGAAAAAUGCCUUCCCUCCACGCGACCCGGCCGACGCUCAGAAUUGGUAUGGAACAAGCUUGUUUGGCUUCAAUGGGUGUGAUGACAAGGAUAAGACGUGGAGAGAGAAGAUCAUCGAAGCAUACUCUGAUGCCAGCGAGUUGGUCAAUCACGAAGACAUAACGGAGGAUCUUGACUUCAACUCUGCCGCUGCUCUUCAGUUCUUGGGCCCCUCGGGACUGAACAAGGAUCAACAAGCACAGAUACAGAACGUCAUCACCAACCUGGCAACCGUCAAGGAAGGUGCUAGCUGGUUUACCCCAAACUGGAUUCGUGUACGAUGUGAUGACCCGUUGAAACUCUGCAUAGAGGAGCCAGAUGAUCCAGAUAACCCCAAAUGUCCCCCAGCAUCUGCACAAGGCGAGGAUCAGUCUGUUGAAACCAUCGCUUAUGCGAGGAAUCCAUUCGAGAAGGACAAUGACAAGUACUCGGACAUCACAUUCUGCCCAGCCUUCUUUCGCUUGCGGAACUUGGGCAAUGCUAUGGCUUAUGGAUCCGGCCACACCCACCCCAUCUUGAAAGCCGAUUUGAGGAACUAUGAGAGCCGUGCUGAUAACUUCUUGCACGAGCUAUUGCACCUUGACCUAGCCGCCAACUCCAAGGACGGUAGCCCAAAUCCAGAUAUUCGGGAUCUUCUCAUCAAAUUCACUUUUGGUACUGGUCCGGAUAAAGGGAAAAAGUCAAUAUGGACAAAGGUCUACGGCUCACGCCUAGCCAAGAUUCUUGCCAGUUUCCAGCCAUGGCGGAAAGAUCAGCCCCUGGGAUACUUCAUCCAACGCAGUGAUGACAGCUACACCAUGUUCAUCCUGGCAAUGUACGUUCAGAGAAAGCUUGGAUACUAUCCAUACAUUCCAAUGGUCUACGACCAGCUCAAUGACAUGCCUCUCGUUCCACCCCGCGAUCGGAACGAUCAACCCGGACUAAGCGGCUUGGUACCAUUCGAAAAGAGCGACGCUGAGCCAGCCGUAUUCCUGGAUUUCACCCAGGACGGUGACGGAAUUUGCCCAUCUCUCUACGAAGGUGGGUCUGGAGAGGACGUGGAGAUUGGUGCCCCUCACGACCGGUCCUUAUACCCUGACUUGUAUUGGGAGCAGUACAAAGGCUGGAUCAAGGAGAUUGAGACUUUUCUCGGCCAAGAAGAAAAUACAACGGCUGCCUAG